AAAUAAAAAAGAAAUGAGUGAAAAAGAUCAAAAUAAAUUAUUUGAUUCUUUUAUGGAAUUUUUGCGAAGCGAUUUAUGGCAAAUUCCAGUUAGCCAGUUCAUUGAGCAACGUUCUAUUGUCUUUGAAAGAGAGCCCGAUUUAGGUUCUUCUCCAAACACUAUCGAGAAUUUUCAAGCAGUUCAUAGUGAAUUUGCAAAAAUGAUUUCCGAUUUGAUAAAAGCAUAUUGUGCAGAUAGCAACCAAAACAGAGAAGGGGUAAUGGAAACACUGAAAAUAGCUCAUAGAGAAAAAUUUCAACAAAUGUCCAACAAAGAUAAAAUGUUGUUAGAACCAAUUGUGGCUUCAGAGCAUUUUGAUGUUUUCGUCCCAAUGAUGAUGAGAAAAAAUAUUGAAUUACAAUUACAGGCAUUAAAAAUGAUUGAGCAACAUAUGAAAGGGUUGUUGCCAAGUUCACUUAAAUUGGGAGAAGAAGAUGCCAAAUUAUGGGAAGCAUUGGAUGCUGAAGAACAAGAUGAAAGUGAAAAGCUUAUUUUACUUGCUGUUUUAAGGCAAAGUAAAGAAGAAUGGGAAUAUGAUCAACGAAUGAGAGCCGAUUCUGAAGGGCAAAUGGAAAGGGCUUUACGCGAAAGUUUAGCAGAGAAGACAAAUCUCGAAGAGAUGAAAAGAAAGGAACAAUUACUACUUGAAAAAGCUCUUAAUGAAAAGGCAAAUAUUUAG